AUGCUGAGACACCGGUGGGGGACGACGCGCCAUCGCCUGGGCCACCCGAAGAAAGACGGCGUCGGCCGGCUGAAAACGCUUAAGCAAUUACUUAACCCCAACCACCACCACUCCCACGAAGGGAAGCGCAAACGGCUGAUCCGUAAGCCCAAGACGUUAGACGACCUGGACGACGACCACUUGCCGCACGACCCCGUCGCCGCCGACGACCCACGCGACCGCAAACUGGAACACCGCACGGUGGUAUUUAACCGGCUACUACCGGAAGACGACUUGGACGAAGACGGCAUGCCCGCGACCAACUAUCCGCGUAACAAGAUCCGCACCACCAAGUAUACUCCGUUGACGUUUUUGCCGAAAAACAUCAUCAACCAGUUCCUCCACAACGUCGCCAACAUCUACUUCUUGGUGUUGGUGAUCUUGGGGGCGUUCGACAUCUUCGGGGUGCCGUCGCCAGUGCUUGCCGCGGUGCCGCUUAUCGUCAUUGUCCUCAUUACUGCCGUCAAGGACGGGGUCGAAGACCUGCGGCGUACCGUCACCGAUAUGGAAAUCAACAACCAGGGCACCCACAUUUUGAAACAGAACCUGGCGUCGCUGCUGAAUUACAACUACAUCAACAACAACGUCAACAGCGACUACGUCAGCCCCUGGCGCCGGUUCAAAAAGGCGUGUCUGAGGGGCAUGUUCCGGAUGAUCUACGGCGCCCAAGCGCGAAUGACCAAGAAGGGUCGUGAGAAGCGAGCGGAAGAGCUCCGUCGCGAAGCGGCCGAGGCGCUGGAACAGCGUAAACUGUUCGAGCUGGAAUACUCUCCUCGCGCUCUGAUGGAAGACCCCUUCGCCGACAUUACUUACCCACUGGGCCAGCGCCGGCUGAUGUACCGCCAGCAAAAGACCCUCAAGUUCGGCAAACUGUACUGGAAGGAAGUGAAAGUGGGUGACGUCUUGCGCAUCUACAACAACGACGAGAUCCCCGCCGACGUCGUCAUUUUGUCGACUCUGGACGACGACAACUGUUGCUACGUCGAAACCAAGAACUUGGAUGGUGAAACUAACUUGAAGGUGCGCCAGGCGCUUAAAUACGGCCAAUUGGGCGACCGCAAGCUCGCCAAAGCCGACGACUUGAUUGACCGCGAGUUCCAGAUCGAGCUGGAAGGGCCCCACCCCAACUUGUACCUGUACCAAGGGAACUUGCGCUACUGGACGCUGACGGGCCAGGAGAACCAGGAACCCGUCACCAUCAACAACUUGCUUUUGCGGGGGUGUCUGUUGCGUAACACCAAGUGGGUGAUUGGCAUUGUCGUCUUUACUGGGGACGACACCAAGAUCAUGCUUAACGCCGGUGUUACUCCCACCAAGCAGCUGAGAAUGCUGAGACACCUCAACUACUACGUCUUCCUCAACUUCUUGCUUCUUUUCGUUAUGUGUUUCGUGUCGGGUUUGGUCAACGGUAUAUGGUAUAACCGACAGAAUGUGCUGCGACCGUUCUACGAGACGCGAGAGACCAUCGCCGGCUCCCCCGCCGCCAACGGGGUCGUGCUGUUCUUUGUGGCGCUUAUCCUUUACCAGCUGUUGGUGCCGAUCUCGUUGUAUAUCACCAUCGAAAUCAUCAAGACGUGUCAGGCGUACUUUAUCUACCUGGACAUCGGCAUGUACUAUGCUCGUUUGGACUACCCCUGUACGCCUAAAUCGUGGUCUAUCUCCGAUGACUUGGGCCAGAUCGAGUAUAUCUUCUCCGAUAAAACCGGGACGUUGACUCAGAACCUUAUGGAGUUUAAAAAGUGUACCAUCAACGGCAAGCUGUACGGUCGCGCCUACACCGAAGCCCUUGCUGGUUUACGUAAACGCCAAGGGAUCGACGUCGAAAAGGAAGCCGCCCACGAGCGAGCCCUCAUCGCCGAGGACCGCAAGGCGAUGAUCAAGUUGUUGAACGAGUUGACGCCGCUGAACGCCAUCUACAACGACGAAAUCACCUUCGUGUCGCUGGAGUUCGUCGAGGACUUGAUGGGCCAACUGGGACCCAGACAACGGGAGUGCGACGCCCAUUUCAUGUUGUGCCUCUCCCUCUGUCACUCAGUGCUUGUGGAACCCGAUGAAAAGCACCCGGGCAAACAGCUUUUGAAGGCGCAACUGCCUGAUGAAGCAGCUCUCGUGGGUACCGCCCGUUCCGUCGGUUUCAACUUUAAGCAACUGACGAAGCUGGGGGUGAUUGUCGACGUCCAGGGCGUGGAACGCGAGUACGUGGUGCUCAACACCUUGGAAUUCAACUCGACGCGUAAGCGGAUGAGUGCCAUCGUCAAAUUGGAAGAAGACGGCAAGGACCCGCGCUGCUUGCUCAUCACUAAAGGUGCCGACUCCAUCAUCUACCUGCGGCUUUCUGCCACCGAGAACGACCAGGAGAUCAUUGACCAGACCCUGGCCCACCUCGAGGAGUUUGCUACCGAAGGUUUGCGGACGUUGUGUAUUGCCCAGAGAGAAUUGCUGUGGGACCAAUACCACGCGUGGAACCAGAAGCACCGCGAAGCGGCGCUGUCGUUGGUCGACCGUGAAGAGAAGAUGGAAGCGAUUGCCGACCAAAUUGAACGUGAACUUAUUCUUUUGGGUGGUACCGCCAUUGAGGAUCGUCUUCAAGACGGUGUCCCUGAAGCGAUCCAAGUGUUGGGUGAAGGGAAAAUCAAGUUGUGGGUGCUUACCGGUGACAAGGUCGAAACUGCCAUCAACAUUGGCUUCUCGUGUAACUUAUUGGGUAACGAUAUGGAGCUCUUGCAGAUUAAGACCAAGUACCUGAACGAGGAGAUCGAGCUCUACGGGAUCCAGAACUACGAGCUGUUGCUGGACGAGCAACUUGUUAAACAAAUGAUCAACCUGUUCUUGGAAAGAUAUUUUGCCAUCGACCCCCGGCAAGUGGACCAGCUUGUUGAAGACUCCGUUGGCGACCACCUGUCGCCGCUGGAACGGUUCGCCAUUGUCAUUGACGGUGAAGCACUUAGAAUCGCCCUCGAGAAACCUAACGCGUUCUUGAUGUUGUGUAAGCAGUGUAAGUCGGUGCUUUGUUGCCGUGUGUCUCCCGCCCAAAAGGCGGCCGUGGUUAAGAUGGUUAAGCAGCUGUUGGACGCGAUGACUCUUGCUAUUGGUGACGGUUCGAACGAUGUGGCCAUGAUCCAGGCCGCCGAUAUCGGUGUUGGUAUUGCCGGUGAAGAAGGGCGUCAAGCAGUGAUGUCCUCAGACUACGCCGUGGGCCAGUUCCGCUACUUGGCCCGGUUGUUGUUGGUGCACGGCCGGUGGUCGUACAAACGGUUCUCGGAAAUGAUCCCGUCAUUCUUCUACAAAAACGUCAUCUUCACCAUGGCGUUGUUCUGGUACGGCAUCUACAACGACUUCGACGGGCUGUACCUCUUCGAAUUCACCUACCUUAUGUUCUACAACUUGGCGUUCACGUCGUUGCCGGUGAUUUUCCUCGGGGUUUUCGACCAGGACGUCAGUGCCAAGGUGUCGUUGCUUGUGCCGCAAUUGUACGUGCUGGGGAUCAUGCAGACCGAGUUCACCGACCGCAAGUUUUGGUGGUACAUGUUUGACGCGUUGUACCAGCUGGUGAUCCUGUUUUUCUUCCCCUACCUCAUCUACUGGAUCUCGUUCAUCAACACCGAGGGUCGCCCCACCGACCACCGGUUCAUGAUCGGGAUUGUCGUCACCUGCAUCCUGUGUAUCUCGUGCAACUUGUUCAUCCUCAUGCACCAGUACCGCUGGGACUGGUUGUCGGUGCUCAUCGUGUGUAUCUCGAUCCUCAUCAUCUUCAUCUGGACGGGGUUGUGGACGAUCAACACCAAUGCCGGCGAGUUCUACAAGGCCGCCCCGAGAAUGUUCGGCAACUCGUCGUUCUGGGCGUGCAUGUAUAUCGGGGUGCUUAUCUGUCUUAUGCCCCGGUUCUUCUUCGACACUUUGCACCAGAUGUACUGGCCCAAGGACGUUGACGUCAUCAGAGAGUGUGUGCAACGGGGCGACUUCGAUGCUUACCCGGAAGACUACGACCCCACUGAUCCUGACCGGGUUAAGGUGAGUGACUACGUCAACGCCAACACGCGGCGGAUCUCGAUGCUGGAGCCUCGCCCUUCGGGCGACUACGAGGACCAGCGCCAGUUCAGCCCGCUGCCGACGCUGCCCUACGCCUACAACCACCCGACGGAGUCGCUGGUGUACACCGAGACCAUCCAGUUGCAGGAGUUCGAACAGAACCAGCGCCACGCCCAGCGCAUUAGCAUGGACCAUAGAUAG